AUGGUUAGAUCAAAGCGAAACCCACCGAUGAACCGUGGCAGGCAACCCGCUGCCGUGCCUGAUGAAGAUGCCGAAAGCCAUGAGCAGGAGCCUGUCGCUGCUCUCGAACCGAGUACCCCGACCCCCGAUCCGCAGAGACCAACACCGAGCAAAGAGAGAUUCAUUGAACUCGCUCGUGACCACCAGAGAUUGCAGAAUCUGGUUCAAGAACUCGAAGAUGAGAUUGUCGUGCUUAAGGCAGAUAGAACUGAGACUGAUAUCGUGAAUGAAUCACUCCGUAUUGAGCGUGACGAAGCUAUUACCCACCGAGAUAUUGCUAUUCGUGAGCGCGGCGACCUUGCCUUCCGUCUCGUGAAUCUUCAGAGUCAGAAUACCCGUACCGGCGCACCGAUUGUGGAGGCCGCUGCUAACCGAAAGUCUACGAAAAUGCCUGAUGCACCUAUGUUGAAUGAUGGAAAGGAAGUCCGAUUCGAAACCUGGGAGACUGUGAUUCGUCAGAAGCUUAAGGCGAAUGCUGACCACUACCCUUUGCCUGUCCAUCGUAAGCUCUACGUUCAGAGUCGUUGUGAAGGUAAAGCUCAGCUACACAUUGCUCCCCGGAUAAGUUCCGAUGCCAGCUUUCCGUACGCAGACGCUAAGGAUAUUAUCCUCCACCUAAAGACUGUCUUCGCGAACCUAAACAGACGUGCAGAAGCAUACACAGCAUACCAUAAGCUUAAGAUGAAACCUAAGGAUAGCUUCACUGAUUUCCUUGCGGAGUUCAUGCAGCUCGCCGAAGAGGCUGUCGUUAUCGCCGAGAACCGCAAGCGAGACCUAUACUCGAAACUCCCGUACCUGCUUCAGAGCCAAGUUAUGUGGGCAGUCAACCAGAAUACCGUUUCAUUCGAUGCAUUCACCCAGAGCUGCCAGAGUAUGGCUCACGAGAUCAGUCUUCAGCAGGAAGCAAAGACCUCCUCACGUACCCGGUCUACGAUCCCCGCUGCCGGCGCCGGAGGUGCAUCUACCGUGAACCAGCCAAGCACUCCCCGCGUGAAGCGCGAGUACACUCCGAGCCUAUCUGCCUCUGAAAGAGAGACCUUAAUGAGAGAAGGACGAUGCUUUAACUGCAAGGAACAUGGACAUAUGACCCGUGAUUAUCCGAAGAAGAAACCGACUCUCGCUGUUAUGAUAACUACUCCCGUUAUGAACCCUCCCCGUGUGGACGAGAUCGUGGAGCUAGAAGCCGAUACCGAUUCGGGAAAAGCUCCUGCCUAG